AUGGACGAUAAUAAAUCUCAUACCUAUGACCAUAGCGAUAUACAACAAAAUUGCGGAAAUUCUAUAAUAAACGAAUUUGUUGAAAAUACGAACCAUCUGGAAUGGAUUAAUUUCGAUCGAUUUAAAUCAGUCAAGAUCAUUAAUAAACGAGGCGCUUUCAGUCCAAUUUAUUCCGCAGUAUGGAUAGAAGGCCCGAAAUGUAAAUUUGACGAAGAUGCCAAAACGUGGUUACGUAACGGACCCAUUAAAGUUAUAUUAAAGCGUUUAAGUGAUACACAAAACUUGAGUCAAGGAUUUGCAAAUCAAUUAUAUAAAUAUCGCCGAUGUUAUCAAAGUAGUACACUUGCGGACUACUUUGGGAUGACUAAAGAUCCAGCAUCAAAUUACAUGCUCAUUAUGAAGUAUUACGAGCAAGGCAAUUUAUAUUCAUAUCUUGAUCAGUCAUUGGGAGCCCUUUGCUGGAGAGAUAUCGUAGAAAUUCUAUUUAACAUAUCAGCCGGUCUUAAUUUUAUUCAUGAAACUGGGCUCGUUCAUGGAAAUUUACAUGGAGGAAAUAUAUUGGUUGAAAACGAAGCGGAUUCAAUUGAUGCUAGAAUCUCGGAUACCGGAUUACCUCUUUACAAUUGUUUAGACAAAUGGGUCACAGCAAUUUGUAAUGAUCCUGAGCCAUCUGAUUUAUCAAAUCAAUUCGAUGCUGCAGAAGAGAUUAAAUUUUCAAAUUUAGAAAAUAUAACCUUCUAA